GCCCCGCGGGAACAUGGCGAAGGUGGAGCAGGUCCUGAGCCUCGAGCCGCAGCACGAGCUCCGAUUCCGCGGCCCCUUCACGGACGUGGUCACCACCAACCUGAAGCUGGGCAACCCGACGGACCGGAAUGUGUGCUUCAAGGUGAAGACCACGGCCCCGCGCCGGUACUGUGUCAGGCCCAACAGCGGUGUCAUCGACGCGGGCGCCUCCAUCAACGUGUCCGUGAUGUUGCAGCCGUUCGAUUAUGACCCCAACGAGAAAAGUAAACACAAGUUCAUGGUCCAGUCUCUGUUCGCGCCGACGGACACUUCCGACAUGGAGGCAGUGUGGAAGGAAGCAAAACCGGAAGACCUUAUGGAUUCAAAACUUAGGUGUGUCUUCGAGCUGCCAGUGGAGAAUGAUAAACCGCUCGAUGUAGAAAUAAAUAAAAUCAUGGCCACGGCUGCGUCCAAGGCGGAGAGCCCGGCCGCGCCCAAGCCCCUGAGCUCCUCGCUGGAUGACACGGAGGUGAGGAAGGUGAUGGAGGAGUGCCGGAGGCUGCAGGCCGAGGUGCAGCGGCUGCGCGAGGAGAACCGAGGCUUCAAGGAGGAGGACGGUCUCCGCAUGCGGAAGGCGGCGCGGAGCAGCAGCCCAGGGCCGGGGCCGGCGGCGCCCAAGGAGGAGGGCCUGAGCAGCCGGCUGCUGGCGCUGGUCGUCCUGUUCUUCAUCGUGGGCGUCAUCUUCGGCAAGAUCGCCUUGUAGGGCAGCAUGUGGGCGCGGCCUCCCCGUCACCUUGUCCAGAGACCCCGUGUAUGCCGCCACCCCCCAGGU